AUGUUCCCUCAGGAAAUUGUCGACAACAUUGUCGGUGCUGUAACAACCGACCCCGUCAACGCCGACUCGCGCAAGGCCUUGAUAGCCUGCACACUUGUCUCUCAAUCGUUCAGCCAUCCGGCCCGAAAACUUCUAUGGUCCGAAGUGGACUUGUCGACACUGGCCCAGAGGUGCGACAGCGCCCAAGUUCGUAACCGCGUUCCCGAGUUUUGCACCCUCCUCAAGGAUCCCGCCGCCAGCUUGUUGCCUUUGAUACACUCACUUCGUAUACGUGCUCCCUACUUGGAACGUAUGCUACAAGUCUGUCCGGAGGUGUUAGAGGUUUUCGCCGCCUCGAACUUGCAAAGCGAAGUCAGAGUAGAGACUAUUACGCUCGAGAGCGUCGAACUGCCAAUCAGCGUCGAAUAUUUAUGGGACAACAUGGAUUGGUGCGAGGAGGCACUGAUGGCAAAGCUUUUCCAGCUCCCGAGUCUCAAGCAUCUUCGGUUCUCUCAUCUGGCCGGCGUUCCCUUUUCCCUCGUUGUGGAUUGCCCCUCCCUCCGAUCCCUCGAGGCCAUCCAUACGUCCUUCACAUUCGCUCCCCGUUCGACUCCCGGACUUCAAGCCAUAACACAGCGCCGAGCUCUAAACCUCAAUUAUUUAAUGCUCCACGAGGUGAAGCUUGCUGGAUAUGGAGCAUAUAGUCCAGAGAUAUUCGCCAAAACCGUCACGGACUUGAAAGCCUCCAUCCUCCUACCGUCGGACGCAGCUGCUAUGUGGAAGCUCCUACAGCGAAGUUCGUCCAACCUUCAAUCUCUAGAGCUCCUGCUUCGCAUGGACGCUCGCUUCCUUGCCCAGAGUCCCAUCAAUCUCGGAGAACUUCACGCCCUCAAACAUCUCACCCUCCGCAUCCAAACGGGCACGCAUUCCCAGAUGCCGCCGGUCGACGACAUCUUCAGCCUGCCCAUUCCUUCUACCUCCCACUUUACCCUUAACACACUCGACAUCGUCAUAAAUGCUUCAGUCACCUCCGUCGAAGUGCGCUCAUUUCUCGACCUACAACAAGAUGCAUGGCGUGCUUUAUCCCCCAGUACAGUUUCCAGGAGAUCUCCCGCUCUCAGAAAAGUCACGGUGCAUAUGGUCAUGAUAACGACCAAGUACCCGAGUGACGAAGAGGAGGGUCAAGGAAUCCAAGAACUGUUGGAAAGCAAACUUCGAUCACUUAUAUUCGACUUGGAGGACACCUCUUGCAGUCUUUCUUUUGAUGUUUCGGUCGCUUUCCGCAGCCCCAAGCGCAGCCACUACUUUCGAGAUUGA